ACGGUCGCAGCGGGCAGGACAUGUGGACGUUUUGUCGGCUCCCGUGAGGCGUGAGAGGUUGAUUUAUGAAUGAGGAGAACAUAUUGUUUGACUGACGUUUGCAGAGUCGGUGAAGAAAACCCUUCCGUUCGGAUAGAUCAAAAUAGAUCAGUCUAAGUAAGCUUCGACGAAGUUUUUGGGGAUUUUUUCUCUCUCUCUCUCCGUUAUACUUUGCGUUAAGCGGGUGGCGAUAUUGCUGAAACUGGACAUUGAGAAAGUGCUGCAUCGAAACACUCGCGCACGUUGUCAGGCUGACGAGACGUUUUGUACUUCGAGGCAUCGGGGCGCACUUCGGAAGCAAACGUCCGGGAGAAGUGGACGCGCAAGCACCCACGAAAUGAGCGACAAAAGCAAAAUGGAUGACGAGGCAGUGGUGGACAGAGGGGCCUCAUAUGUCAAACACCUGUGUGAUGAGGACGUCGAGGGUCAUCACACCGUGUACAUUGGUGUUCAUGUGCCGAAGAGUUACCGUCGCCGACGGAGACACCGGAGACGGGCCAAUCACAAAGAGAAGAGAGAGCGGGUAGCGGAAAGCGUGAGCGACAGGUCAGAUGCCGAGAAUGCGGAUGAGCCCUUCCCCAGCAUCCUCAAGCCACUCAACACCCCAGCGGCUGAGCGGAUUCGUUUCAUCCUGGGCGAGGAGGACAGUGGACCCUCCCUACCACAGCUCUUCACUGAGCUGGACGAACUGCUGUAUGUUGAUGGCCAGGAGAUGGAGUGGAAGGAGACAGCCAGGUGGAUAAAGUUUGAGGAGACGGUGGAGGCGGGUGGAGAGAGGUGGAGCAAGCCUCACGUAGCCACUCUCGCUCUCCACUCACUCUUUGAGCUGAAGACCUGCAUAGAGAAGGGGACCAUCAUGCUCGACAUGGAGGCCAACUCGCUGCAGCAGAUUGUUGAGAUGAUCACUGAUACUCAGAUCGAGACGGGUCUGCUGAAGGCAGACCUGAAGGACAAGGUCAUGUACACACUGCUGCGGAAACACCGUCACCAGACCAAGAAGUCCAACCUCCGCUCGCUCGCUGACAUCGGCAAAACCAUGUCGAGUGCAAGUAAACUGUUUUCCAACCAAGAGAAUGUGUGUGUGUGUGUGUGCGCGCGCGUGUGUGUGUGUGCGUGUGCGCGCGCCACAAAAGUGCGUGGUUGUCCUGACCGCUCUGUGCCUUGGCUCAGCCCCACUGAAACAUCCGAAGACCAAACACAGAUGCAGAGAUGCCACAGCAUGGGCCUGCUCUGCAGCCCAGCCACUGCACAUCGCGACCUGAUGUCCAGCAGCCUCAACGACCUUUCUGACAAGCCAGAGAAGGACCAGCUGAACAAUAAGUUCAUGAAGAAGAUCCCUCGGGACGCGGAAGCAUCCAAUGUGCUGGUGGGCGAGGUUGACUUCCUGGACUCGCCCCUCGUGGUGUUUGUGCGCCUGCAGCAGGCCGUCAUGCUGGGGGCGCUCACCGAGGUCCCUGUGCCCACGCGGUUUUUGUUUGUUCUCCUUGGACCUAAAGGAAAAGCCAGGUCAUAUCAUGAGAUCGGCCGAGCCAUCGCUACUCUCAUGUCAGACGAGGUGUUCCAUGACAUCGCGUACAAAGCCAAGAGUCGGAGCGACCUGGUGGCUGGCAUUGAGGAGUUCCUGGAUGAGGUCAUAGUGCUGCCCCCAGGGGAGUGGGACCCCGACAUCCGAAUUGAGCCCCCCAAAUCACUACCAUCCGCAGACAAACGUAAGAACAUCCUGGCGGCCGGAGGUGGGGGUGUAGACAGUUCCCAGGUGAAUGGAGAUGCUCAUCAUGAGGGUGAGACAGGUGGAGGCGGUGGAGGUCACGUAGUCGGAGAUGAACUCAAGAAGACAGGCAGGUUUUGCGGUGGUCUGAUUCAGGAUGUGAAGCGAAAGCUACCAUUUUUUUUAAGCGACUUUUAUGACGCUUUCAACAUCCAGUCCUUGUCAGCCAUCUUGUUUAUUUACCUGGGUACUGUAACCAACGCCAUCACCUUCGGUGGGUUGCUAGGAGACGCUACAGAGAACAUGCAGGGUGUGUUGGAGAGCUUUCUGGGCACAGCCCUGUCUGGAGCCGUAUUCUGUCUGUUUGCUGGUCAGCCCCUCACCAUCCUCAGCAGUACAGGGCCUGUGCUUGUCUUCGAACGCCUCCUCUUCAACUUCAGCAAGGACAACGACUUCGACUACCUGGAGUUCCGGUUGUGGAUUGGCCUGUGGUCUGCCUUCCUGUGCCUGGUCCUGGUUGCCACAGAUGCGAGCGUGCUGGUGCAGUACUUCACGCGGUUCACAGAGGAAGGUUUCUCUGCCCUCAUCAGCUUUAUCUUCAUCUACGACGCCUUCAAAAAAAUGCUGAAACUGGCACACCACUACCCCAUCAAAUCUCACUACAACCCCAACCUGAUCACAACGUACAGCUGCUACUGCUCCCCGCCGGAGGGCAACAAUUCCUUGGAAGCCCUGGAAGAGAAAAUCACAACAUACCUCAACUUUACUGGAGAGCGACACUGGAAUGCUACCUGGUCAUCAAUGACUCGUUCAGAGUGUCUGGAAUGGGGUGGAGUUCUGAAGGGUGAUGCCUGUCACUUUGUUCCUGACAUCACGCUGAUGUCAUUCAUUCUUUUCUUGGGCACCUACACCUGCUCCAUGGCCUUGAAGAAGUUUAAAACCAGCAGGUUCUUCCCUACUAAGGUGCGUAAGAUGAUCAGUGAUUUUGCCAUCAUUCUGGCCAUUCUGAUCUUCUGUGGGGUAGACGCACUAGUCAGAGUGGACACACCGAAACUACUAGUGCCAAGUGAAUUUAAGCCAACCAGUCCAGAGCGAGGCUGGUUCGUGCCUCCAUUCGGGGGAAACCCCUGGUGGGUGUACCUCGCUGCCUUGCUCCCUGCGCUCCUCGUCACCAUCCUCAUCUUCAUGGACCAGCAGAUCACUGCUGUCAUCAUCAACAGGAAGGAACACAAACUCAAGAAGGGAGCAGGCUACCACCUGGACCUUUUCUGGGUCGCCAUACUGAUGAUCGUGUGCUCGUUCAUGGCCCUGCCCUGGUACGUCGCUGCCACCGUCAUCUCCAUCGCACACAUCGACUCACUCAAGAUGGAGACGGAGACCUCCGCACCUGGGGAGCAGCCCAAGUUCCUCGGAGUCAGAGAGCAGAGAGUAACGGGAGUGAUUGUGUUCCUGCUCACGGGCCUAUCUGUCUUCAUGGCCCCCAUUCUGAAGUAUAUCCCCAUGCCUGUGCUGUAUGGUGUCUUCCUCUACAUGGGUGUGGCGUCUCUCAACGGCGUGCAGUUCAUGGACCGUUUGGAGCUGCUACUGAUGCCAGCGAAGCACCAGCCUGACCUGAUCUACCUGCGUCACGUCCCCCUCCGUAGAAUCCACCUGUUCACCUUCAUCCAGGUCCUGUGUCUUGCCCUUCUUUGGAUCCUGAAGUCUACUGUGGCUGCCAUCAUCUUUCCUGUAAUGAUCCUGGCCUUGGUGGCAUUGAGGAAAGCCAUGGAUUACGUCUUCAGUCAGCACGACCUCAGCUACCUGGAUGACGUCAUGCCCGAGAAGGACAAGAAGAAGAAAGAGGAUGAAAAGACGAAGAAGAAGAAGAAGGAGAGCAUAGACAGCGACAUUAACCAUUCUGACUAUCCGGGCAAUGAGAAUAUUCCCAGUAUAAAGAUUUCCAUGGACAUGUUGGAGCAGGAACCAAUGCUGAGGGAGAAUCCCUCAGAGAGAUAUAAACACUCAGCUUCCCUUUCACCAUACUGAUGGAUUUUGUUUCCCUCCUUCCAUGUCUGUGUCAAGUCAGGAUGUCAAACGCUUUACGAAGACCACGUCUCAGCUCAACACGGACUCUGGAGAUGACAGAUGCUUGACAAAGACAUCUCACUUUGCUGAAACAUCAUUCUAAAACACCUCAAAAACAUCACUCCAUGACACAUCUAAAACAUCAUUCUGACACACUUCAAAAACAUCACUCCAUGACACAUCUAAAACAUCAUUCUGACACACCUCAAAAACAUCACUCCAUGACACAUCUAAAACAUUGCAAAUCAUCCAUACCAUUUCUUUAGACAUCACCAAGAUAACUUUCCUUAUCCAGCCACUUCUGUUCCAGUUAAAUAUACAUCAGUAAAAUGAUUUACCAGGUGCCAUUUAGGAUCAGAAGCUGCUUCAACAAGAUGCCUUUUGGGUAUUUUUCCCGGGUUAACUGGGGCAUUUUUUGGCAGGACCAACAGUUCUUGCACCACCUGCAUCUGCACAGUAGACAGUCAGACACCUGCCUGGGGUGUGUUUAAAACACUUCUUACUAUAAUAGCCAGAGUUCUAUGAACGCAUUACAAAUGAGGCCUGUUUUUAAAUCUCGAUGCGGAAAGAUUUUACACAGCAUGAUUUAAAAAGAGAGUUCUGUCAGUCACGUCCAGAUAAACUAAACUAGAAAUUGAUAAAAUCAUCACUAAAGAUUUCAAUCCGCUACCAGCACUUUGUUUUUAGGAUCUGUUUGGCCAAAGAGAGAAGCUUUAUAAACUCAACCAAAUACUGUAAUAAAAUACAAAUGAAAAAAAAAAAACAGCAUUUAUGUUACAGUUCUGAAACUGAAACCAAUUUUUCUUGAUCUUUCUAGAAUCUUUUGCCUUUCAAACGCUCCCCACUGCACACCAGUACCCCUCCACUGAGCCAAAAUGGCUGCCAUGCCUUUUCACUCGGAGGGCAGACUGCACUCAGUUUAGAGCCGUAAAGCACAAAUCGUCACAUAAAGUCCAGUUAAAAACCCUCCCUACCUUUUCGCGGCUGACAGCUGGGUUUCAACCAGGCGUUACCCGCGUGCUAGAGCGGGGGAUCUGCGCCGUGAACGUUUGCCCCAAUUUUUAGUUCUACCUCUCAGAAGGCUCGAGGUGCCACACGCUGUGGGUUCGCAGAAAAACCGACCGACCAGUGCAGCCACGGAGAUCCAUGACGAGCGGGCACCAUGCAGAAAUGUCCUUGCAAUACGUUCUGCUUUUUUUCGUCUUGCUUUCGCUUCCAAGAGUACCGCUCCGGCUGUAUGUCCGUAACUCAGUCCGUUUCUUUAUCCAUGACAAUCAGUGAUUGAAGAGGGUACUAUGUGAUUUUCUUAAGUGUAUGUACUGCUGAGCAUUUUGUUAUUGUCUGUGUGAAUAUAUAUAUAUAUAUUUUUUUUUUGUCUACUUCAUUUUUUAAACUAAUGAGCUAUAGGUACUCUUUAGUCUUUUAUACUGAUGGGAAUCAAUGACUUUUAACUGAGAUAAAGUCACUUCUUUGCUGAAUGUAGAAUAUAACGUUGCACCAACAGAGAACAAUAAUUAAAAAUUAUUUGUCAGAUUUUAAAACUAUUUUUUUUCUUAAACUGAUCAUAUUCUGAAGCACUUUAAACAAUCUACACAAAUAUUUAACGCAAAUAUUUUAUUUGACAUUUCAAUUUGUAACUUUCUUUUUUUUUUCAAAGAACUUUUCAAAUAUUUUCAGAUGUCUUCCGGUGGUCAGAAACAUUGAAAAUCUCAAAUUGUCUUCCCAUGGUGCACCUGUUCCUGUAUAUUUGUGGUGAUCCCUAGUUAGGGAGUGGGAGUGUGUUUGUGUUGGGUGGGGGUGCUUAAGACUGAACUGCUCAAAUCAGAUUCUUCUUCCUUACUUGACAAAUUGUUUUUGUGUUUGUAUCAGGAUGUGAUUAUUUGCUGUGAUGGGAAUUUGGGGAAAACGGCCUGAAAAGCCCAAGCCGAUACUGCAGAAGAGCGACGCAUAGAAGCUUGUUUUCUGAGGUGUUUAUGAUAUUAAGUCUACAGUGGUCAUGCCUCAACAGGCCACUGGUUUGGUCCCAGUAGUUGACCAACGUAAAACGCUUUGUAAAAAAGUUGAAGUGUUAAAGAGUGGGAUUUUAGGCACCUCUAAGGCAAAGGUCACAGCAGGUGCGGUCUUUUGCCCCCUGUAUCACCAGAACCACCCCCGCUGCAUCUCAAUAGCAUUAAGGACUCGGCUGUGGAUGAACGGGGCAGCACCCGACUGAACCUUCACACUGCUGAGCUGCCCCACCCCCACCCCCCACCCCGUUCUGCUGCGUUCCCGGGACAGAAAUUGAUCUGUAUAUGUUGGAAGAUGUAACAUUUUAUGUAAAACGAUAUAUAUAAAUGUAAUAGUCGGAUGCCAUUAGGAUAAAAAUUUCUCCUUUCUCUUAAAGGAUGGUUCUCAACAAAUAAGUGUUUUUUUAAUGUGUUCAAUUCUUUCUCUCCAGACAUCCUUUCUGUCCUUACCACGGGUUGUCGUUUUUUUUUUUUUUUUUUUUUUCUUGAUAGCUGUCGUGACAUUUUCUGAUGAUUGAGGAAACACUGUAAUUCUCGAAUGAAACCGUUUAACUAAAAAGGCCAAAAGGAGCGUGCAUUUGCGCACGCGGCGCGUCGCGAAGGCACCUGGUCACCACGCCACGGGAUUCCGCCGCGCUCUGGCCCUCGUGACGCACGACUGCUGAUCACAGGCAUUCACUGUAAAGUAACAGAUGGGUUCAGUCGGCAGUCACAAAGUGUUCUCUCAUCAGGGAAGCAUGCUUUAUCAUUAUUUUGGAACAUAUAUUGUUACAAUCAGUUACUGUAUGAUUUGUGCAUUAAAUGUUGUCCCCCACAAUCACUUACUGGAUUUCAUGAGCCAGCCUACACUACGGAUGAAAUUCUGUGUUCAGCGUAAAAAAAAAAAAAAGACAACUUAAAGUGGAAAGAGGAAAAUAAAGUGACUGUCUUUGACCACU